AUUACUGAAGAAUAGACUCUCUCUUUUGGCUUGUGAGAGACAAAAUAAUAGCACUAGAGAGGAGGAGGAUCAAUCCUCAGGCUUAGAGAGGAUCUGGGGGUUUGGUGAAAUUGGUUGCUAGCGAUGGCGUCGAAGCGGAUCUUGAAGGAGCUCAAGGAUCUCCAGAAAGAUCCUCCUACCUCUUGCAGCGCUGGCCCAGUUGCCGAAGACAUGUUUCACUGGCAAGCAACAAUAAUGGGUCCUCCUGACAGCCCAUAUGCGGGUGGUGUGUUUCUUGUCACUAUACAUUUUCCACCGGACUAUCCAUUUAAACCACCUAAGGUCGCAUUCAGGACAAAGGUCUUUCACCCCAACAUUAAUAGCAAUGGUAGCAUCUGCCUCGAUAUAUUGAAAGAGCAGUGGAGCCCUGCCCUCACCAUAUCCAAGGUGCUGCUUUCAAUAUGUUCCUUGUUGACGGACCCGAAUCCGGAUGAUCCUUUGGUGCCUGAGAUUGCCCAUAUGUACAAGACAGACAGGAACAAGUAUGAGACGACUGCGAGAAGCUGGACUCAGAAGUAUGCUAUGGGUUAGUUUGCUGCUAAGGCUGUGUCUGAAGGGAGGGCUUCUUUUCCCAUGGCAUUGUUGGACAUUUUUUAGCAAAUGUGUGAAAGAAAUAUGGUCUGUUCUCGUAAGUGUACCUGAGGGAAGAGUUCUGAAUCUGUCCUCCUUAGAAACACAGCUCUGCUUUAAAUGAUUUGCAUGCAAAAUUGUCUUUGAUAUUGAAUUACUCUUUUAAACGUCCCACUCUCCUUAAUCUCAUAGGAAUUUUCCUUUCUGAUCGCUAAGAAGCUAAUUUGACAAAUGAUUAGCGUUACAAUGUUUGGAUUGUCGAAUUGUCGCGGAGAAACAGGCAAACUAGAAAGGGAAAAGAAAAUGGCACUUAAAUUCUAGUGUGCCAUGCAUAUCUUUUGUUUUU